UGCUGCACAAAGUCCGUCCUCUUCAAGUUAAAGGCAGCCUGACAACCGAGCGGAGCGCAUUUCAGUCCGCAAUGUCGGUCUUGUGGCUGUGGGAGCAGUUGGACACCCGAAGCGCCAUCAUUUUCAUCGUGGUGCUGUUGCUUGUGUCGGAUUAUCUGAAGCACAGAAAUGGCAAAAACUUCCCACCGGGUCCUUUUUGGGUGCCGUUUGUGGGCGACUUGUUCAGUAUGACUUCAGAUCAGCCGCACCUCUACAUGGCAAAGCUUACAGAAAAGUAUGGAGAUAUCUACAGUCUGAGACUUGGAGGAAGUAAAUCUGUGAUCGUCAAUGGGUACAAGUUGGCCAAGGAGGCUCUGCUGACGCAAGGAUAUGCCUUGACUGGCCGGCCACAACUUGCUAUUUAUGACAGGAUCUACUACAAAAAAACUGGCGUGGCAUUAAGUAACGGGUACACCUGGAAAGAGCACAAGAGGUUCGCUUUGACCACACUGAGAAACUUUGGAGUUGGAAAGAAGAGCUUAGAGUCCAUCAUCAUGGAGGAGGCCAAGUUCUUUGUGGAAGCCUUUGAGGAGGAGAGAGGCCAGCCAUUUAAUCCUCAUUUUACGAUUAACAAUGCUGUCUCCAACAUCGUCUGCUCGAUCAUUCUCGGUCGCCGAUUUGAGUACAGCGACAGCCAAUACCGAGAGCUGCAACAUCUGAUGAACAGGGGCAUUUAUUUGGAAGGAAGCUGGUGGGCUUGGUGUUACAAUGCAUUUCCUGGGCUCAUGAAGUACUUACCAGGGGGUCACAACGAGCUUUUCUCAAGCUAUGGGAAAAUUCAGGAUUUUCUGAGAGAAGACAUUAGAAACCAUAAGAAGGACUUGGACCCAAUGUCCCCGCGUGAUUACAUUGACACCUACCUCGUGGAAAUUGAGAAGCGCAAAAACGACAUUGAUGCCGGAUUCACCGAAGAGGCUCUGUGCUCAAACACCUUAGACUUGUUUGUGGCUGGAAGCGAAACGACUGCCACGACCCUCCGCUGGGCUCUGCUCUUCAUGGCUCAAAACCCACAAAUACAGGAGAAGGUCCAAGCUGAGAUCGACAGUGUAUUGGGCCAAACUCGUCUGCCGUCGAUGGAGGACAAAAUCAACCUGCCGUACACCGAGGCAGUCGUCCAUGAGGUCCAGAGGAAAGCCGACAUUGUUCCCGUCAACCUUGUCAAGAUGACCACGGAGGAUAUGACAGUUGGAGGCUACUUAAUUCCAAAGGAUACAGCCGUACUCAUUAAUUUGAGCUCAGUCCUCAAUGACAAGAAUGAGUGGGAGACCCCCGACAUGUUUAAUCCUGGACAUUUUCUCACCCCGGAUGGGAAGUUCCGGCGAAGGGAAGCCUUUAUGCCUUUCUCUGCUGGAAAGCGGCCCUGCUUGGGAGAACCACUGGCAAGAAUUGAGCUCUUCCUGUUCUUCACGUGCCUCUUGAAAAAGUUCACCUUCCGUACCCCUGAAGGGACAAGCCUGACGUUGGGUGCCAUCACUGGCUUCACGCGCGCCCCUGUGCCACACAAAAUCUGUGCCGUCCCUCGUGGUCAGACUGCUUGAUGUUGGCUUUCUCUUGUUGCUUUUCUGCACCUUAUGAAACUUUUCACCUCAAGUGUGCUUCUCUUCAUUUUUAAAUAUUCUUAUAUAUACAAUUUGGAUCAAAGUUCAUGCAUGUUAAUUUUAUAUUAACCCCUUAUGUACUAUUGCUCCUAAAUUAUUUACCCAAAAAUAAACAGCUUUUACUCUUUUAUUGUAAUAAAGGAGCUGCAAAUGGCUGAAGAGCAGUGAGAACAACACUUCAGAUUGUUGAAAGAAACUAUGUAUAUGAUUACAAACAUUUGUUUUCACCAAUAUCAACUAAAUAAAACACAAAUAAAUUUGG